AUGGAACUCACCUGGCUCCCAGAUAUUCCUCAGUCGCGAAGUCGUACUCGAGCUUUGCGUGCCUGUCCUCAAUGCCAGCGAUCAAAGAAACGAUGCCGACAUCUAAAUCCGGAGGGGGAGCCCUUUAAUAAUAAUGUUUCGAUUAGCCGGAAUCUGUCUAAACCAAAUGACAUUGCCGCCCGAACGACUCGCCGAGAUGGUUCGAAUCGCUGCCGACCUUACUCGACCGCAAGCAUAGACCGACCGCGGGCAGCGUCUGAUGGACCAAGCUUAUCGGCUCCCACUGCCGAGCGAUUUGUGGGAGAUCUCAAUCCAGAAUCUGUCAUUCGUGAGAGGCUGGAUGAGACUGGAAAUCCUUUGCGGGAUCGUAUCGGACUCUGGAUCAGCUCGCCCGCUGCACAAAAGUCCAAGGCCGAGAGAUUACGAGGAACACUCACUGAUGAAGACUCUACCUCUAUCUCGUCGAUAACAGCCAAAGGUAGCGAAGCCGCUGUAGCGUCGCUCCACGAACGAUUUGCUGCGGGUCUACAAGCAUGUGAACGUCUGCCCUUGGCGACCAAAGAACCCUUGGCUGCUAUCUAUUUCUCCAAGGUCAAUCAUAUUGUGCCGAUACUAGACCAUGAUUUAUUUGUCCGAUCACAGACCGAUGGCUCGAGUUCUGUGUUCCUCGAGAAAGCCAUCUGUCUCACAGCAGCCAAGACCCAUGGCGCUCGUUCUUACUUGCGUCUUGUGCCAAAAGGCCCGGUGCUCUCAUCGCGUCAAUUCUGCUCCGAAAUCUAUAAUGAGCUUGUGGUGGCCAUGGAUGCAGGACUAGAGUCAGAUCGAUUGACCCGAAUUCGGGUGCUAGCAUUGAUGUCAUUUCACUGUGAAGGGUACGAAGGCGCCGAGGCAGCAUCUCUAUACCUCUGCCAAGCCAUUCACCAAGCCCAGACUGUAGGGCUGCAUCUGGGCAGGCCAAACCAGACAUCCACAGACCCCCUGACCAAACUUUUCUGGUGUCUUUGGACGCUGGACAAGAUGCAUGCAAGUAUCGGUGGCCGGCCGGUUCUCCUGGCAGACCGUGAUAUUGGCGUCGUGAAACCUGAUGUCAAUGCUCAGAGAUCUCGAGGCGCAUUCGAGGUAUGGCUUGCUGUAUCAGAUCUGCUAGCAACUGUGAUAUCAUACUACCGACCCUCCGCAGACCCUUCCAGUGGGUGGGAAGAGGGAUUCCCCGCCUUUGAAGACAUCGUUGGGGAGGAUGCCCAGGAGGACCUGGACUAUGCUACACUAGGCUUCUUGGAACUCUAUUACCAUUCCGUCGCUAUCCUUUCAUGUCGACACAAACUAGCAGAAAACAUAGAUGGCACCAGACUCUCAACGGUCCGGCAAGGCCUAUCGGCCGUGCGCAUCCACUCCAUCGUCGCAUCAGAGUGCGCAGAUGACCUCCCACCUCUACCAAUCGUUCCAUAUUCAAUCAGCCUCUCAAUGGGUGUCUCCUAUCGCCAACUCCGUUCAAGCCGGCUGAUCACACACCUCGACCGCGCCAAAGCCAGUCUAGAAGCUUGCUGCUGUCUACUCGAAAAUCUCAGUCCAUACUGGUAUUCCGCGGAAGCAAUGGGGCGGCUUGGACAUAAAGCCCUACAGCAAAUCGGGAGCCAGCCACAGCCGUCUUCUCGGGAUACCAUGCAGCAACGGCAAAAGAUAGAGUCCGCGCCCAAACCAACCACUGCUAGCACAGCAGUGGCAGAGGGUCUAGAACAAGUGAACUUCGUGCCCAGCGGUAAUGAGCAAAACCAAGCCAGGGCACACCAACCCACCUACGAUCUACCGGUCGAUCCCUCAGCCCCGGAAACAGGAAUCGAAAUACUCCAACCCCAACUCGGCGAACUAGAUGGGUCAUCUUUGCAAGACGGAUUCGCCGAUAUCGACAUGCUAUUCGGAGAAUUCUUGGAUCUUUCUCUGCCUACCAACUUCUGGGAUCCUAUCUUUAUGGAGCAAGGACAAACAGGAGAAGAAGGACAGACGGGGUGA